AUGGGCCUCAACUGCAUGAGCCUACUGACUCCAAGCAAGGCCCCAUUCUACGGCAUUGUUCUCGGAAAUUCUUCUACACCGAUUAGUUCGGUCACCCUCCCGGUCACAUUCGGUAUAGAACAAAACUUCCGAACAGAGUACAUCAAGUUCGAAGUAGCCAACUUCGAAUCUUCCAACCACGCCAUACUGGGAAGACCUGCGCUGGCUAAAUUCAUGGCAGUACCACACUACGUGUACCUGCUCCUCAAGAUGCCAGGCAACACAGGAGUACUCUCCCUGCGAGGAGACCUCCUCAAAUCCUUCGAGUGCGACAAGGAAGCAAUAGAUCAUGCUGCCACAAUCUGA